AUGCCGCGGGAAGCGAAAGCACCCGCCACCUGCGGGGCCUGGACGCGGGCAGGGUACUCCCCUAGCCCCAGCCUUACUCGCAGAGCCCGGCCUAGGCUCUGGGGCCCAAAGAUCCUUAUCUUCUUCGUCGCCUUCCGGAUGCUGAUGCCGGUGAGUCACCCAUCACCAUUCCUGGCCAAGGAAGGGUACCCCAGGUACAACCACUUCUUUAAAAAUUCUGAAACUAAAAAAAUUGUGCAGGAUGUUUUAUGUUGUCAUCUCUCAGAAGAUACUAGAGAUUGUACCCCAUGCAUAUACGGAGUGGAUUUCACCAAUCAUUCGAACACUCUCCCUUCCUGCCUACCCUGUACAGUUUGUAAACCAGAUGAAGACAAGGUACGUCCGUGCACCCUCACCAGAGACACGGAGUGUCGAUGCAAAGCUGGCUAUUUCCAUGGAGAAGAUGCCCCUGAGAUCUGCUCCAAGUGCAGCACUGGGUGCCCCACUGGAAUGAUUCAAGACAGCCCCUGUACCCCUUGGAGUGACCUGAAAUGUGUCCCCAGAAAAGCAGGUACCAAGAGCACUGGGGAAGCCACAGUUUCUGGAGAGCAAGUGACCAUUGGCCCGAGGACUUCCACCAUGCCCUUUCCUUCCUCAGGCUUUGGAAAUCUAAAUGCCGUUAUAGGCACAGUUGUCGGGAUACUUCUUGUGUUGCUUCUGGUCUUGCUCUGGCUGUGCACCAAAAUAAGUCCUGGAGCUCAUGACAAUGCUCACAAUGAGGCCCUGAGCAAUGGGAAAUCACAGUCCGUGCUGGACCUUGAGCUGGAAAGGGAAGACCAGGAACAGGCUGAGGUGACAGGUGCCAUGAGACAGAACCCAGUAGAAGGAGAGCCUUUCCUGAGACAUCCAAACGCUGAAGGAUCUCAGACAAGAAGGAUGCUGCUGGUUUUAGCAAAUGAUGCAGACCCCACUGAAACUUUGAAGUCAUUCUUUGAUUACUUUACAAGUGUAGUGCCCUUUAACUCCUGGAACAAAGUCAUGCGGAGGAUGGGUCUCACAGACAAUGAAAUCUCUAUGGCCAGAGAGAGUGGAGUGUGCCCUGAGGACAAGCUAUACAACAUGCUAAACAAAUGGCUCCUCAAAACCGGAAAGGAGGCCUCUGUCAACACCUUUCUGGAUGCCUUGGAAACAGUAGGAGAAAGAAAUGCAAAAGAGAGAAUUCAGGACCACCUGGUGGACUCUGGAAAGUAUACCUAUGAAGAAUAUGAGGCAGACAGUCUCUGA